AUGAUCGAACUGUAUCCUGCGAACUGCUCGAAAUUCCUAUUAAGUCUCUUCUAUAGACCACCAAAUUCUGAAGAAGAUAUACUAAUUGAGUUGAGAGACUCUCUUGAUCGUUUAGAUGAAUCAUGUCAACUUGUUCUGGUCGGUGAUUUUAACCUACCCAAUAUUGACUGGUCAUUGGACUUUCCUUCUCCCACAUCUAAAGGCAGUUUCAAGGAGGAACUUUUUUGCGAGAUUAUUACAGAUCAAUUCCUCUACCAAAAAGCUGUCGGUCCGACACACCUGCAUGGUAAUAAAUUGGACUGUGUAUUCUCGAAUUCUCCGAAGCUCAUCACGAACGUGAACUGUACAAAUCCAACUGAUCUAUUUCCAACUGAUCAUUAUCUUAUCGAGUUCGAUAUCAAAGUUUGUUUUCAAAAAGCAAAAUCGAUAAGACGAACAGUGUAUGACUUCAAUAAUGCAAACUUCGACGGUGCUCGUGAACAUCUAAUGAAUGUCCCUCUCGAUUCUGCGAUAUCCAAUAAUUCAGAUAUAGACGAAUGUUGGAAAGCAUGGAAAGAUCUAUUUAUCACAGCAAUAGAUAAAUUUGUACCUAUAAAGACAGUCGUUGACACCAACACACCACCUUGGAUAGACCGGGAUGUUAAACACAUGAUUAGGAAGAAAUACACAGCUCUACGACACUAUCGUCAGAAACGAACGGAAGGACGAAAACGCAAACUCCGUCAGCUGACACAGGAAACUAAGGACUUGAUUAAACAAAAACGCCAUCAAUACAUAGAAAAAGUUCAAGAUUCCCUCGCAAAAUCACCUAAGUUAUUCUGGUCCUACCACAAACAUAUCCUCCGCAAUAGAAAUUCCCCACCUGCUAACACGUACAACAACUCAACUGCAACAACACCACACAAAAAAGCAGAACUUUUCAACGCAUUCUUCGCCUCUGUUUUUCUUCCGAAGUCAUCUUCCCAAGAUGAAAACCUGAACAUGACACAAAAAACUUACGAAAUAAUAUCUGAUAUUCAGAUCUCGCAGAAUGAAGUCGAGCAGUACCUUAACCAUUUGGACACAACAAAGGCUUAUGGCCCAGACGGAAUACCACCACGUCUACUGAAAGAACUCUCAAGAGAAAUCUCGACAAGCCUCUGCAGUUUGUUCAACAUGUCCUUAACAACAGGCCGCCUACCUAUGGAAUGGAAACAUGCGAACGUUAUACCCAUCCACAAAAAAGACUGUGUCGAACCCGUGACCAACUACCGUCCCAUUUCCCUUCUGCCAAUAAUUUCCAAAGUUCUCGAAAGAUGCGUUUUCAAUAACAUUUACCCAUUUGUUCGGGUACUGAUCAAUAAUGUCCAACAUGGCUUCUUAAGAAAUCGUUCAUGUAUAACCCAGCUUCUAGGUAUACUACAUGACAUUGGUAAAAAUCUGGAUCGAAACAAACAAAUCGAUGUGCUAUACCUAGAUUUCUCGAAAGCGUUCGACUCUGUAGAUCAUGACAUCCUACUUCACAAACUACAAAUGCAUGGCAUAAACGGAACGCUUUUACGAUGGUUCGAAAACUACUUGAACGAUAGAUGGCAGCGAGUUGUCAUUGAUGGUGCAGCCUCUGCAUGGUCUCCAGUAACAUCAGGUGUACCGCAAGGCAGCAUUCUGGGACCGUUGCUCUUUCUCAUAUUCAUAAAUGAUCUUCCCGAUAACGUUUCACCCAGUACGAACUCAGCACUGUAUGCAGAUGAUUCAAAGUUAUACAGAGAAAUAAAAUCGGUAGAAGAUUGCCAGUUCCUGCAAGACGACCUUGCCAAACUGGAAAAGUGGAGCACUGAUUCAAAAAUGCGAUUUAACACUGAAAAGUGCAAA